AAAUGCCCAAAACCAGUAAUAGCUGCUAUUCAUUCUCAUUGUUAUGGUGCUGGAGUAGAUUUAAUUACCGCCUGUGACGUUCGUUACUCGAGUAGUGAUGCUGUUUUCAAUAUUAAGGAAGUUGACAUUGGCAUGACCGCAGACGUGGGGACAUUAAACCGCAUUGAAAAACUGGAUACGAGAAGUCUAAUUUCUCGAAUUUUCGACAACCAAAAAGAACUCGUUGAAGGAGCAUUGGAUCUGGCGAGAUUAAUCGCUGAAAAAAGCCCAAUAGCCGUUCAAGGCACAAAAGAGGUUCUCAACCAUGCUCGUAAUCACACAAUAGAAGAAUCAUUAGAUUUUGUGAAAACAUGGAAUAUGAGCCAACUACAGUCGGCGGAUCUGCGGAAUAGUGCCAUGGCGGCGAUGAGCAAACAGAAAGUUGAAUAUGAGAAUGUUUGA